UUAAAACUACCCGAAACUUCUGGACCUUGGUCCCAAAACGGACAAGCACCCGGAUCUUCCAGCCUCUUCUUCACUGUUUUCAACAACGCUCAUUUCACUCGUCAUCCUCUGCUGUUCAUACUCGCCGGGAUUCUCAACGCUCGACCGCAGGAUGUGUGAACCACCGUUUAGGCCAAGAGAGAAGCUCGUUGAAAAGCAGAAGCUUUUCCAGAGCAUUCAUAAACACACGUAUUUGAAAGGACCAUAUGACAAAAUCACCUCAGUUGCUAUUCCUCUGGCGUUGGCUGGUUCUUCCCUAUACCUUAUCGGCAAAGGGAUCUACAACAUGUCUCAUGGGAUUGGAAAGAAGGAAUGAGGAGAUUGUUUUAUGCUGAGUGAGAGUCCAAAUGGAAAUCAGCUCUUUUUUGUUCUUGAAGUAUCUGCAUUUUAGAUGCAAAUAAUGUCUUGAUUGCAGGCAUUAUCUGAGUAGUUUUUCAUGCGUCCUCUUUGUCGUUAAGGACAUGAUUGUAUUAUCCGUGACGUUUGGCUUUCCUGUGAAGUAAAGUUCAGAUUUGAUAAAAUGAUUCAUCAUGACUUUGUGAUUUUGCUGGACGGAAGUAUGUCAUGGCUCCCAGCAUCCAAACACAGAGGACUGACUAUUUCGUGGCUUUUAUCAACCGAUGAGUUUGGUGGAAAAA